AUGCGAUUCCUCCAAAAUUUUACAGCGUUCCUGUAUGUUCCUGGUACAAAAGCAUACAACAUCCGUAAUCACCCAUGUUGCCAAGAGCCAAGCGAGAACCUCACCUUGGCGAUGGUAAUAGACGCGUACGAGAUUUAUGGCCACGACCCCACAGACAAACUUGACCACUUGGCCCACUACCAGCUUGAAAUGAUGAAGGUGAAACGUGCGGAAGACCAGUACAUAAUAAAUGAACACGUGCAUAUUGCCACGGACCACCUUGGGAGGUUUGUCCACAUGCAUAUUAAGGAACUGAAAGUGCUUCUAAUUGCUCUGGAUGAUGCCAUAGACAACAUGCUGACUAUGUACGACAACCAUAACGCCAUUAAGACUGAAAGGGUUGCCACUUACAACUCGGCCGCGGGCGGCGCGGUGCCAGCCGAGUUCUAUUUGAGUCAAGAAUUCUACUGCGGAAGAAACGUAUACUUAUUUAUAUCGGAGAUAUACAGCGAUAUAUACAACAUGGGGAGGGGCCCAGCACCCUACUGCAAGGGCAGAGCGUUCCAUUUUCUCGGCUUCGUACAUAUGAUGGACGACACAAAAUACUACCUUGAGGAAGACCCCAAUGUCGUGUUCCAAACUGACAAUUACAUUCACGGGCUGGAGUGCCACUUAAGGGUUUGCAUUUUUAGAUUCCCUUUCAAGAAGAAUCUUCAGCAUAUUCGUGACGUGUCCACGCUGCCCAAGGCCAUAGUCAAGUGCGGCACUGAAAUGUACAAGCUUCCACCGCUGACGGCCGCAUCCUGCAUCAUCACCUCGGGCUCCUUCAUUCUGGACUUUAACAUCCAAGGCAUAAGGUUCAGACACCACGACUAUCUUCUGUUGUUGCCCAACGGCCACACUUACUAUACGAAGGAACCUUACUCCCCGCUCACGUGUGACCACCAUGUCUGCGAGUGGAACAACACCAAUUUCUACGGAGGUCCAUUUAUAAUACCUGGUGAUCCUGGCACGGGCUUGUCUCCGAUACCGCCUUUCUUUGAACAAACCACCGAAGCCUACCGGCCGACCACCGAGUCUGGGAGUAUUGAUGGAGGCAAUAUUACGUAUUCCUUGGACGGGUGCUGGUUCAUGUUCCCACCGAACUAUGGCUCCAUUGCAGGGAUCAGCUACCUCGACCCACUGACUGUGAACGAAUACCGGUAUACGUGCCAAGGGUCGGGGAACAAGGGUCUGUACUGGUACCCGCAGUGGAUGGGCGCGCCCCCCCACCACCCCUACCCGCGCUCCGACGACGCCCCGAACACACUCGAGCGCGGCGGCGGCGUGCACUACCCGCAUAAGAGCGCACCGCCUCCCCUCAAACUACCCUCAAGAGAAUGAUCAA